UCUCGUUCAUUCUUCCUGCCCGCUCAAUCUUCUUCUGCCGUUGGUCUCUGCAGUAGCCAUUUUCUUCUUCUUCUUCGUCUUCGUCUUCUUCUUCUUCUCAUGCGAAAUGAACGUGCAGGCACUGCAUUCCUCUGUACAUGGCCAAUUCGAAGCUUCUUCGGCUCGUCCAUUUCGAUUGUUUUCUUUCUCUCCCCCCUCAGUCGGACUGUGCAGGAAAUUCUCCACUACAGCUUUUAGAAGAAAGUAUUCUGCUGGUCGUUUAUACGGUAGUAGCUUGAGCUGCGGCAUUUGUGUUACCCGAGGUAGAAUCAGAAGUGCCUUGACGGGGGAAGUGAAUGAGGUUGAGGAGCAGAAGCAGCAAGAGGUGAGGAGGGCUUACCCCUUCCAUGAAAUAGAGCCCAAAUGGCAGCGUUACUGGGAGGAAAAUCGAACUUUUCGAACUCCUGAUGAAAUUGAUACUUCUAAGCCUAAAUUCUACGUGCUUGAUAUGUUCCCUUAUCCCAGUGGAUCAGGAUUACAUGUUGGUCAUCCUCUAGGUUAUACUGCUACAGACAUUCUCGCUAGAUUCAAACGCAUGCAAGGUUAUAAUGUUUUGCAUCCAAUGGGCUGGGAUGCUUUUGGAUUGCCUGCGGAGCAAUAUGCUAUUGAGACAGGAACUCACCCCAAAAUCACUACUUUGAGGAAUAUUAAUCGCUUCCGCUCUCAGCUUAAAUCAUUGGGGUUUUCAUAUGACUGGGAUCGUGAAAUUUCCACAAUCGAACCAGAUUAUUAUAAGUGGACUCAGUGGAUUUUUCUUCAACUGUUGAAGAGAGGAUUAGCAUAUCAGGCUGAAGUACCAGUUAACUGGUGCCCUGCUCUUGGCACUGUCUUGGCCAAUGAAGAGGUAAUUGAUGGUGUCAGCGAGCGUGGGGGUCAUCCAGUUAUAAGGAAGCCAAUGCGGCAAUGGAUGCUCAAGAUUACUGCAUAUGCUGAUCGUCUUCUUGAUGAUCUAGAUGACCUUGACUGGCCUGAAAGUAUAAAAGACAUGCAAAGAAACUGGAUUGGGAGAUCAGAAGGGGCUGAGAUUGAAUUUUGUGUUAUUGACAGCAGUGGAAAAGAUAGUGACCUCAAGAUUACAGUUUAUACUACCAGACCAGAUACUAUAUUUGGAGCAACGUAUUUGGUUGUGGCUCCAGAGUACUCCUUAUUGUCAUCUAUGGUAUCUCCAACAGAAAGCAAAAAAGUGGAGGAGUACAGAGAUCUUGCUUCAAGGAAGAGUGACCUUGAGAGGACUGAGCUGCAAAAGGAAAAAACUGGGGUUUUCUCUGGUUGCUAUGCUAGAAAUCCAGUUAAUGGGAAUGCUAUCCCAAUAUGGGUUGCAGAUUAUGUCUUAGGGAGUUAUGGAACUGGAGCAAUAAUGGCUGUACCUGCACAUGAUUCCCGUGAUUAUGACUUUGCCGUGAAAUAUGAUAUUCCCAUAGUGGUGGUGGUUGUGCCAGAGGAUAGAAAUAUUGGUGAUUCAACUAAGGCAUUUUCAGGAGUAGGUAUUAUUACCAAUUCAUCAAGUUCAACAUCAGGGCUUGACAUCGAUGGGCUCUCAAGCAAGGAAGCUGCUACCAAAGUCAUUGAGUGGGCUGAGAAAACAGAGAAUGGGAAGAGAAAGGUGAACUACAAGCUGAGGGAUUGGCUUUUUGCUAGGCAACGUUAUUGGGGGGAGCCUAUCCCAGUCCUUUUCUUGGAUGAUGGAGAGAGUAUCCCCCUUCCUGAAACCGAAUUGCCCCUUACAUUACCUGAAUUAGAUGAUUUUACACCCACGGGGACAGGGGAACCUCCACUUUCAAAAGCAGAGUCUUGGGUUAAAGCCACUGAUUCCCUGUCUGGAAAACCUGCCAAACGAGAAACGAGUACUAUGCCACAGUGGGCUGGUUCCUGCUGGUACUACUUAAGAUUUAUGGAUCCAAAGAAUUCCAAAGAACUUGUUGGGAAAAUGAAGGAAAUGUAUUGGAGCCCAGUUGAUGUAUACGUUGGUGGUGCUGAGCAUGCUGUUCUCCACUUACUUUAUUCUAGGUUCUGGCAUAAGGUUCUCUAUGAUAUUGGUGUUGUAUCCACCAAAGAACCCUUCAAGUGCGUCAUAAACCAAGGAAUUAUACUUGGGGAAGUUCAAUAUACAGCUUUAAAAGACCCAGAUGGGAAUCUAGUGUCUGCAGAUUCCGUUGACAUUUUCAGUGAAUUUCAUCAAGAAAGAAUUCCCGAGGAAAAGGUUGUGAAAUCUGGAGAUUUUUUUGUACUGAAAGACAGUCCUAAUAUCAGAUUGAUUGCUCGUGCUCACAAAAUGAGCAAGAGUCGAGGAAAUGUUGUCAAUCCUGAUGAUGUUGUUGCUGAGUAUGGUGCAGAUUCUCUUCGCUUGUAUGAAAUGUUUAUGGGCCCUCUUAGAGACUCAAAAUCAUGGAAUACCAGUGGUAUUGAAGGUGUCCAUAGGUUCCUGGGAAGAACUUGGAGACUAAUUGUUGGAUCGCCUUCAGCUGAUGGUACAUUUAAAGCUGGAACUGUAGCAACUGAUGAGGAACCCACUCUGGAGCAACUUCGUUCACUCCAUAAGUGCAUCAUGAAGGUAACAGAAGAAGUUGAAGGGACCCGGUUCAACACAGGAAUCUCGGCUAUGAUGGAGUUCAUUAACGUGGCAUAUAAGUGGGAUAGAUACCCAAAGUCUAUUAUUGAAGAAUUCAUUUUGUUGCUUUCACCGUAUGCACCUCACAUGGCUGAGGAACUUUGGUCUCGCUUAGGGCACUCAGAAUCAUUGGCCUAUGAGCUGUUUCCUAAGGCCAAUCCAACUUAUUUGAAGGAAUCCACAAUUGUCCUACCUGUUCAGAUCAAUGGUAAAACUAGGGGUACCAUACAGGUUGAAGAAACAUGUACAGAGGAGGAUGCUUUCCAACUAGCACAACAGGACGAGAAACUCUCCAAAUAUUUACAAGGGCAGUCUAUAAAAAAGCGAAUCUUCGUCCCCGGCAAGAUCUUAAAUGUUAUAUUGGAUCGUCAAAGCACCAAAGUUGCUUUCUGAUACUGUAGAACAACUUGCUGUAGUGACAGAAGUAUCUUCCAGACGAUAUACACCGACAGAUGUGUACGACAGAUUGUAAUACAAGCCUGUUGUGAUUAUAAGUGCAUUGAACAGAAUGAUUCAUCUUAACGAAUGGAAAAGGAAGAAAUCUAGGUACUACAAGUUUAUCAUCAAGACAGGAAAUUUGCAGCUAUUCAAGACAUUGUGGCAACGGCUCUUGAGGGCCAGUAUUGGCAUCGUAGCUGUUUCAUCAGUUCUUUCUACAGUUUGUUGAGGGGCAAUUCGUUGAUACAACAAUCUGUCAUCUCGUCUGUCAUUCAUUGUAAUAAAGAUGCUUAUGACCAUUUAAAUUGCUGAAAAUAACUUUCUUUCAAUUUAUUCGAUACGAUAAAAUUUGUUA